AACAAGCGAUUUUCUUCAAGAGUGAAGGUGCUGCUCAGAGGGCAUGCGUUUUUAAUCAGCCAGAUGAACACCUUAGUUCCAGCUCGGUGUCAUAUCACAAUUCCUCCUUGGGAUCAACUUUCUUUUGAUGUGCUUGAUGUUAUUUCCCGAAAGCUCGAUUUUGACGACCUCUUUCAAUUUUCUCGUGUCUGCACCAAUUGGAGAGUUUUUCAUAAAUCAAUAGAUAAAUCAAAUUUCUUGACAUCCCAAGAACCAUUACUUGUUGAGUUUUUGAAUUCUCCUCUUAAGGUACCAUAUUCCUUUACUAGCCUACCCAAACAAAAAGUUUAUCCUUUGAACAAGAUGAUGAUCAACAUAUUGAGUUACUCAGAUGACUCCUUCCCUAUCUACGUUGCCUGUUCUAGUGGAUAUUUCAUUCUUAUAGCGGACAAUUCUUCGCUUCUGCUCAUCAAUCCAUUUACAAGAAUAAAAAACAAGGUAAUAUGUCCAUCCACCUUUGAAUUCAGUUUCUCACCUCGACGUAAAUACCAUGCGUUACUUGAUUUUGACAAAUCCUGUGACGAAUUUGUUUUGGUAUUUUUAUUCCUAGAGUCCAACAGUCUCCAUGUCUAUCAAUCUCGAAAUAAUGAGUGGGUUACUUAUUCCACUGACUUUCCCCAUGAUGAUAACAGCCUUAUUGUUGACAACUUUAUUGAUGACUUUGUGGCUUUCAACAAUAUAAUAUAUGUUGUUACUUCAGAGAUCAGGAUAGGGGUACUCAGUUUGAAUUCUCCAAAUAUUGAAUUUUUUAAAAUGGUGAAUUCCCCCAAAUUCGAAUUAGAAUUAGAAUUAGAGUAUUCGAGAUCAUCCUUUAACUUGGUUAAAUCUGAUCAAGAACUUUUACUAGUUCGAUUAAAUCCUGAUAUUACAAGGGGGUCCUACCCUCCCCCAGAUAGAAGAGUUUACAAGAUAGAUUUCAAAACCAUGACUUAUGUCGAACUCGAAACCUUGGGGGACAUUGCAUUAUUUUAUACUUGUUUUAAGAGCUGUAAGGCGUUGAGCAACCCGAAUAAAUGGGGGUACGAGAGCAACUCUGUCUAUGAACUUUGCAGUCAUCCCGGUCAUCAAAAAAAACCCAAUUGUUGUGUUUAUAAUUGGGAUAAAAAAUCCGAGAAAUAUAUUGCACCUCCAAAUCUUAAAACAAAGGGCAGCAGUAUCUUAGACUGGUGUUUUAUAAUAUGAUGUAGAUUAUUCUCUCUAAUUAUUGAGUAAACUUUGUUUGUU